AGCACAGCUUAGUAUCCAAACAUGGUUGCUCCGAAGAACAAGAUCCGCCGCAUCGGCAAGAAGAAGGGCGCGACGCUGAAGGACGUCAGCGCGUGGCGCUGGAUCAAGACGGCCGCCCGCCACUUCAAGCAGGAGGGCAAGAUCUUCGUGCCGAACUGCACGGAGAUCAUGAAGAGCUCCCACGGCCGCGAGCGUGCCCCGCAGAACCCGGACUGGUACUACAUCCGCUGCGCCGCCGUGCUGCGCGCCAUCUACCUGCGCCCCGGCGUGGGCUACGGCGGCCUCAGCAAGCGCUUCGGUAACAAGAAGAACUACGGCAGCCGCCCGGAGCACGCCGUGACCUCCUCGAAGGGUCCCCUUCACUGGGCCUGCAAGUCGCUGACGAAGCUCGGCCUUGUGGAGCCCGGUGCGCAGUCCGGCCAGCGCCUGACCCGCAAGGGCCACAAGUUCGCCGACUCCCUCGCCUUCCAGGUGCAGAUCCGCAAGUUCGGCCAGUCCAAGGCGUAA